AUGGCGUCGGACAUUGAUGCUUCAUGUGAAAAUGAUCCAAACUUCGCAGUUAUUUGUGCGUUUUUGGAAAAAUUCGGCCCGCAAUGUGGUUUACCAAAUUUAGAUUUUUUGGAACUACAAGAAAUGCUCGAAAAUUCGGAGGAAGUUCAUCCACAUCUGCUAAAUAUUAUCUUGAAACUUUUACGAAGAGUUAAGAAGUCAGUCAAACCUGACAAAUGGGAGAAACAUCUGAGUAUCGUUUGCCAUAGAUUUAGUAACCAAGAUGCAUGGGAACUUGAAAGAUUUGGCUAUAAAAAAUCCAAACUUACAACAAAGGUCCGGAUUCUCAAGGAAUUACUUGAGAUGCAAUUCGAUUAUCAUAUGAAAUUCAAAAAUGAAAUCAACAGAAAAUCCGCCGAUGAUCUCAGGUCUGAACCUCUUGGUAGAGACAAAUCUGGUCGCAACUAUUGGUUUCAGUCAGAUGAAAAUUAUCAAAUUAGGGUGUACAAGGAAGAUUUGGACGAAGAAACUUGGACAUUGAUAGCUAAAGAUAGAGGUAGUCUUGUUAAUCUUAUUAGUCAUUUAAAUGACGGAGAUUAUAAAGUUAGUUCUGAUUCAGCAGUAAAUGAAGACAGUAAUUCUUUGUCGGAAAAACCUGUUAUUGAUACAGGUCAGAAGGACGAUGAUCACAGUUUGAAGGACGAUGAAAAUAGUUUGAAGGACGAUGAAAAUAGUCUCAAGGAUGAUGAAAAUGGACUGAAGGAUGAUGAAAAGGUAGAGAAGGUUGAAAAAAAUGGUCAGAAGGGGGAUCAAAGUGGACAGAAGGGUGAUGAAAAGGGAGAGAAGGUUGAAGAAAAUGGACAGAAGGGUGAUGAAAAUGGUCAGAAGGGUGAUGAAAAUGGUCAGAAGGGUGAUGAAAACGGUCAGAAAGGUGAUGAAAAGGUUCAGAAAAAUGAUGAAAAUGAUCAGAAAGAUGAUACAAAUGAUCAGAAGAUUGAUAAAAAUGGGGACGAAGCCAGCGAUUUAGAAAAACCAAUAGAAGAAAAGAAAGAACCAGAUCAACUUUCGAGGCCCAUGUUAAGAAUAAAAAAUUUAAGCGAAUUGAUGGAAACGAGCAGAAAAAGACCUGCAGAGGAUCAAGUAGUAGAAAAAGGAAAGCUGUUAAAAGUCGAACUAACCCCAAUAGUGUCCAAAGAGAUUAAAGAGCCAACUUUAAUUGUUAAAGGACUUGGUUCAGGAGCUGAAAAUGAAUCUUUUAACGGACAAUCAAUUGAAUUUAAUCCAAUUGUGGAAGAUGCAAUUGAAGAAAACGUACUAUAUUUUUACGGUGAAGGUAGUGGUGCUGAUUGCCAAACGGGAAAUGAAGAAAAAUCUUCAUCGGAAACUGUUGAAAAUAAAACUAAAACAGAAAAUGACAGUAUUAGUACUAAUUUAGGUGUAAAUAAAGACAAUAUAGAAAAUUUAAAAGAAGUUCCUGGUAAAUUGAAAACUGUAGAAACCGAUAGUAAGACUGACAAUAAUAGUAAUAAAUCUACGAAUUCUGAGGAAUUAUCACAAGGAUCCCUUGAAGAGGCAUCAGAAUCGCCAACAAGUUCAUCUAAAAAAAGCACAUUCUUUUUUGGUUCACCAGUAAAAAAUACACUUCCCCUUUCCCUCACAGUUGGUUUUGGUCAAAAUUAUACUAAAUCUGAAGAAUCCGUUGAAGACAUCAAGUCCAAAGAGCUAACUGAAAAUAAAGAAGAUUCUGAGAAAGUAGUAACUGAAAAUAUUAAAGAUACUAAAUCUGAAUUGAACCAUAACAAAUUAGAGAAAACUGAAUCUUCUAAACCUACAGAAAAAUCCGAAGAAGCAGAAGUUUCAAAAGAAACUGACACUGAAAAAGAACCCGUUGUAGAAGAACUUUGUGUGAAAAAAGUGGCUUACGUAUGUGGAAAAGAUGAUUCUGAAGAUAAACAAUUAACUAAACAAGAUACUGUUGAAUCUAAAGAUUCCAGCAAAGAAGAUGAAUUAAAAUCAUCCUCAACCAGUUCUGAUAUUACUAAAACAACUUUACCUGAAAAUGAAAGUUCCAAAUCGGAUACUAAAGAAGAAAAAACAGAAAAAGAAGAAACUACAUUAUCGAAAAAAACAGAAAAAGAAGAAACUACAUUAUCGAAAAAAACAGAAAAAGAAGAAACUACAUUAUCGAAAAAAACAGAAAAAGAAGAAACUACAUUAUCGAAAAAAUCAUUGAGAUUGGUGAGAAGUAAAAAAGCCAAUGCUGCAGUCGUUCAAACUGAUGUACCGCCUGUUACGAAAUCUGACAAUCAAGACGUUGCAACUGAAGUAGUUUAUGUUAAGAAUCGUAGGGGCAGAUUGAAGAAAAAGGACAGCGAAGAAAGUUCAGUUCCCAUUGCUGUCAAUAAGAAGCCAAAAUUAGCAAAGGAAACCAAAAAACAAACAGGUAAUGUAAAGAGUACCGAAGAAUCAGAAACGAAAUCAAAAAACGGUAAAACAAGUAAAACAGCUAGUACAAAUUCAUCUCGUGUAUCUUCUCCUAUAUCUACAGCCGAUUCCGUUAUUACCAUGCCAGAAUCUGCGGACAGUAUUGGACCGAUUCCUGAAAAAGAUCCCCUUGCAGAAACAGAUCAGGAAGAGCUCGCUGAACCAAAAGCAAUCAAUAUUCAAUCGUUUUCGUUUGAUUUUAAUGAUUCAUCGACACCACCACCUAUACCGGUUAUUCCGUCCACUCGUAGUAGGUCUUUAAGGAAAAGAGGGCGAGAUGCUAGUCCUGAAGUAAAAGAAGUUGAACCAGGUGAUGGAAAAAGGAGAAAAAUUAAGGGAAAACGACAAAUAGACGUGCAACUUAGAAAAAGCAUAGAGCAGAAAAAGGAAGAACAAGUGAGCAGCAGCGAUGAAGUUGUAGAGGUUUCCGAUGAUAAUGUUAAGUCUAAGAAAGGGAAUACAAAGAAAAAGAAACCUCCACCAAAGACCAAAAAAACAGCCAAAACUAUUGAUAUAAGUGACGAUGAUUCUAAUAGUACUCCUCCACUUGCCAAACCAGUUAAACCAAAGAGAGUUAUCCAUAGAAAUCCCGAAAAUAAAAAUAAACGAGUAUUAGCCGGCCUAGAUAUAUCCCAAGCUGAUUUGAAUCUAAGUGGUGUAAGACAGUCGCGGAGACUAGCUCAGAUCAAAAUCAAGGAACAAGUAGAUAUUCCGAAAAAAUCGCCAUCAAAAAUUAAAGAAGAGAAAGGAAAGAAGAAUAAGAAACAAGACAAGGAACAACCGGUUUUGAAAAAGAAGCCUGAAAAAAAAGUAAAAGAAGAUUCAUCCGAGCCCGAAUUUGUAAGCGAAUUAAAAUCUAAGAAGAAACGGAAAAACAAGGCUCCGAGUAAAAUAUUUGACGAACACAGACCUUGGGUAUCGAGUACUGAAUCGAGCGAAGAAGAAAAGGAAGAGGUAGAGGAAGAAGAAGAGGCCAUUGAAGAAGAACCUCCUCUGGAAUUCAAGUCGGACCAUGAGUUUUCGCCAGAGAGUGAUAUUGAUGCUGAAUACCAACCACCUAAAAGGGCUCGAACGGCAAAGAAAAAAAUUCGUGAAGAAACUGACGAAAAACAAGAAGAAGGUGAGGACUUUCCUUGUCAAAAAUGUGGCAAAUCUGAUCAUCCGGAAAUGGUGCUGCUCUGUGAUAAAUGUGACAAUGGUUGGCAUUGUUCUUGCUUGAGGCCGCCUCUACUAAGCAUUCCAGAAGGAGACUGGUUCUGUCCGCCUUGUCAACAUGUAAAACUGGUCGAAAAUCUCCAUGUAAAAUUGGUCGAAUAUGAUAAAAAGUUGACAAAGAAAGUACUCGAAGAUAGGAGGAAAGAACGAUUGGCCUAUGUCGGGAUUAGUCUAAACAAUGUAUUGCCGACUCAUGAAAAAGAACAUCGCAAAAAGAGACGGAGGCAUUCUGCAGACGGGACUGAAUCGAGCAGCGAAGAGGAGACAGAUUCUUCGGCAUCUGAAAGUGAAGACAGUGACAGUGACGAACCAAUUUAUCAACUCAGACAGCGAAGGCAAGCUAAAAGUUAUAAGUUCAAUGAGUAUGACGAACUUAUUAAAUCUGCAAUCCAAGAUGAUUUGGAGGACAGAGAUCAUGAUCCAGCACCUAUGAAAAAGACCAGAGGCAAAGAUAUGUCCACUAUUGUGAGAGCCGAAGAAUUGGAUAGAAUAGAAAGGGAAAAACAAGAAAGGCUAAAAGAUGGUUUCGUAGAAGAACCUAAUACAGAAGAUAAACCUGAACAAGAUAAAGCAGCAGUUGAAGAAAAACUAGAUGAACCAGUUGGAGAGAAUGUAGAAAAGACUGAGGAAGAAAAUCAAAAGGAGGAAUCGGAAGAAGAUAUGGUCAAACCUCCUGUCACGAAAAGAACAAAAAAGAAGAAAACCAAUUUUAAAAGCCUUGAAUUCAGUAGUGAAGAAGAUGAUGUGAAAGAUGAAGAUUUUAAAGGAUCCAGCUCUAGUUCAGAGGAGGAUGAUGUUGUAGACAGUGAUGAUAGUGAUGACUAUGACAUAGGCCGUAAAGGGAGAUCUGUGCGCCCUGUUCGUAGAUCAACUAGAAAUAGAGUUUCUCGGUACGAUGCUGAUUUUGUUGAUGAUGACGAUGAUAUUCCUAAAAAGAAAAAGAAGAAGAUUCGCUACUUCGAAGACACUGACUCUACCGAUUCGGAUGGUAAUUGGUCCAAAAAGAAGAAGAAAAAGUCUAGUUUCGAAAAAAAGAAAAAAAAGAAGAAGAGCAUUUUAGACGAACUAUCUGAUCUUGAAAGGGGUAUCAAAAAAAGACCUAAAAUUAAAUAUGGUGGAUUAACUACCAGCGACGAAGAUGAUUUUGGUAAAGGGCGAAGAACUAGAGGAAAGAAAACUACUUAUAUUGACACUUUGGGAUCAGACAGUGAAGAUGAAAGAAGAAGGAGAGAUCGUUUAGGUAUUGUAAGUGAUGAUUAUGAUGAUGAAGAUUUCGUAGCAAAUGAUGAAGAAGACGAAAAAGACAGCGAAGAACCUGUUGAUAAUGAAAGUGAACCAGUGGAGGAAAAAGAGAAAGAAGUUGAAGAAAAAGAGAAAGAACCCGAGGAAAAAGAGAAAGAAACUGAAAGAAAAGCAUUUGUUCCAAAAAUAUACAUAAAAAAACCACUAGCUAUAAAAGAAACUGAAAAACCAAAAGAGGUUGAAGUUAAUAAUGAAAAGAAAACUGAUAAUGCAGUAGAGAACAAAGUGCAAGAUAUUAAAAAACCGGAGGAAAGUAAGGCAAACGGCGAAGAAAAUAAGCCCCAGAUUGAGGAAGAGAAAUCAGACAAAACCAAAAUGCUGGAGAAGCUAAAAGAAACGCUAGAAAGAUCCAAGGCAGCUAAAGAUAAUGUAAAUUUAGAAAAAGAAGAUAGUAAGAGUCCAAAUAGGGAAAUUACUUUAAGCAAUGAUGUAAAUAAGAAAGAGGUUGUGGAAAAAGUUAUGAAUUUAAAGGUUGUUUCACGAGUAGACAAUGAGAAAAAGAAAAGGAAAGCAUUAGAUGCGGAAGAAGAGAAACUCAACGAUUUAGAAGUAGUUCAGCAAGGGAAAAGAGUCGCUAAUAUUGUACAUGAGCCAAUUAUUAGUAAUGUAACGAAUAUGAUUAGAAAUGAUGACAGCAAUGAUGAGUUGUCUGAACCGCCUAUGGGGGUUUCCUUGCCACUAUUCGAGGAGUUGUCUCAAAAAGACGAGGAAGAUAGUCUAAAGAAAAAGAGAGGACGAGGAAAAGGCAAGAAAAGUCUGGAAGAAACGUUGGCUAAUUUGGGUAACAAAAAAGCCGUCACCGACUUGGACUGUAACAUCGAAAUUGCCGCGCCGCCUCAACCGUUUUCGCAAGCAGCUCCUACACCAUCUGUUAUUACGAGAAUGUUACAGACAAAACCGGGGCAAACUACGACCUAUCCUAUCGGUUCCAUCAGGCCGAAACAAUUUGCCACCAUGGUUGAUGAUGACGACGAAGUUACUCCGCUUCCGCCUAAGCAUAGAGAAGGGUCUCCAGUCGUUGGACCUCCUCCUGUAAACUACUCAUCAGGAGGGCCUCGAGGACCAAUGGGUUUACCUUUUCGUCCUAUGUAUUCAAACAUGAAUCACUAUUCACCAGGCAUAUUACCUCCACAUCAGAUGCGAGGACCACCAACAUCCCUACCAAGCCCUCAAGGUAUGCAUCCGCCCCAUGUUUACCAACCACACCGCUUUAUGGAUCCCUCACCUUCGGGUGGAGGUCCCAUAAAUAUUCCAGAACCUAAUCCAUCUGGAAGACCACCUCCUCCUUCGGGAAGUCCUGGAAAAGCGGAACCGCAAAAUUACUCUAGGUCAACGCCUCCGAACAGGUUUCCACCAGUCAGUUCACCGGCCACUGUUUCAGGAGCUCCUUCACGAACAGUACACAUGAUGACACAUGUACCACCACCCAGAACGACUUAUCCCCCUCCCAGUGUUCAACAACCCACAUCACAAGCUCCAUCACAGGCUCAACCUCCUCCACCAGUUGGUUUUUAUGGUUCAUAUCACCCGCAUCCCGAAUCUAAUGAAGAGCCUCCAUACACUAAUCAUCCACCUGCUUAUGUAGAACCUUUCGAGAGCGAAGCUCAAAAUCCUCCCACGGAUACGCCGGAACAAAAUCCAGGAAGGGGAGAAGACGAAACGAGUGGGGAAUUUGGCGGACUUGUAUCAUACUUUUCGAGUCAAAGGGACGAAGAUCUAGAAUCAUAG